AUGGUUUCUAGGGAGCACAAGAGGGCAGCACUUUAUGAGAAGCUGCAGCUUCUUCGUUCUAUGACUAAUUCUCAUGCUCUAAACAAAACCUCAAUCAUAGUAGACGCAUCAAAGUACAUUGAAGAGCUAAAACAAAAGGUGGAAAGACUGAAUGAAGAUAUUGCAAAUGCGCAAACUAGUUCAUCAUCAAGUGACCAAACUCCAUUGCCUGUGCAGGUUACAGUGGAAACCCUAGAAAAGGGGUUUCUGAUAAAUGUGUUUUCUGAAAAGAGCUGCCCAGGUUUGCUUGUCUCUGUACUGGAAGCUUUCGAAGACUUGGGUCUUAAUGUGCUUGAAGCUAGGGUUUCCUGUGCAGACAGUUUCCGGUUGCAGGCAGUUGGAGGAGAAAAUGAGGAAGAAGGUGAAAGCAUUGAUGCUCAUGCAGUGAAGCAAGCAGUGGCAGUGGCUAUUAAAAACUGGAGUGAAAACAACGAACACGAGUAA